GGGUAUAAAUAAAAAGUCAAGCUAUGCAUUCCGAGAAUGUUAUGGUAAAUUACCAGAGAUGCAUUCUUUGCUAAGUCCAGUUCCAUUUGUGGCCCUCACUGCUACUGCAUCAAAGCAAGUUGAAGGUGUAAUAAAAAAAUCCUUGUCAAUGAUUAAUUAUGAGUAUAUUGGAAGAUAUCCAGACAGAAACAAUAUUAGAUAUGCAGUAAUGAAAGUUAAAUGUAAAAAUGUGAAAGAAAAUUUUAAAUGGUUGAUAAAUGAACUAAAAGAGCAUGGACAGAAAUCAACAAAGUACCUUGUGUUUUGCAGAAACCACAAAACUGUUAACAAAUGUUAUUCUACAUUGUUAAAUGCAUUAAAGGAGAAAGCUCACAUUAAUACAGAAGAUGGGAAAAGGUACUUUCAAACUAGACUCAUUGCAAUGUUCCAUAGUGACACAGAUCAACAAGUCAAAGAUUUUGUUAUGAAAUCAUUUUCCUGCAAUGAUGGCAUAGUUCGUGUCAUUUUUGCUACCAUUGCAUUUGGAAUGGGGGUUGAUUGUAAGGGUUUAGCAACU